UAUAAUUGCACAUUAUAACAAUAAAUGGGGAUCAAUCAUGCCAGCGCCCCUCCUCCCCCGCCUAGCCUGCGUGACGUAACCCAGCCGCGCCGCGCCUCCUCCGGUCGGACGCCUCGCGCCGCCGCUCGAAUCCAUGGACGCCGAGGCUGGCGUCGUCGGCGACCAGCUGCCGCGGAGGCAGUACUACAUGAAUUUAUUACUCUUAGCUUACCAGAGCUUUGGUGUUGUUUAUGGGGACCUAAGCACAUCACCUCUCUACGUUUAUAAAAGUACAUUUGCUGGAAAGCUCCGUCAAUACCAAGAUGAGGAGACAGUAUUUGGUGUGCUUUCCCUCAUCUUUUGGACAUUCACUCUUAUUCCUUUGCUGAAGUAUGUCACUAUUGUCUUGAGUGCUGAUGAUAAUGGCGAAGGUGGACCAUUUGCAUUGUAUUCGCUCCUUUGCAGGCAUGCAAAACUUAGCUUGCUUCCAAAUCAACAAGCAGCCGAUGAGGAACUAUCGACAUACUACAGAAAUGGGUUUGCUCCUCGCAAUGGAUCUGCACCUUGGCUAAGAAGGUUUCUAGAGAAGCACAAAAAAAUGCGAACCGUGCUUCUUCUCAUAGUUCUAUGUGGCGCUAGCAUGGUGAUUGGUGAUGGUAUCCUUACCCCAGCAAUCUCAGUUCUGUCAUCUAUGUCUGGAUUGCAAGUUCGAGCUACUGGUUUAGAGCAUCGUUCUGUAGUUCUCCUUUCGUGCAUUGUAUUGGUUGGUCUAUUUGCCUUGCAGCACCGAGGUACUCAGAAGGUUGCAUUCAUGUUUGCACCAAUUGUCAUCAUCUGGCUGUUUUCCAUUGGUGGAAUUGGUUUAUACAACAUACUUCAUUGGAACCCAAAUAUAUAUCAAGCUCUCUCUCCGUAUUAUACGGUUAAGUUCUUUAGGAAGACAGGUAAAGAUGGCUGGAUUGCUUUAGGAGGGAUUCUUCUUUCAAUGACAGGCAGUGAAGCAAUGUUUGCUGACCUUGGUCACUUCACAAGUGCCUCUGUCAGGGUGGCUUUUGUUACUGUCAUAUAUCCAUGCCUUAUACUACAAUAUAUGGGUCAUGCUGCAUUUCUAUCCAAGAACACUUUUCACAUGCCGACAGGUUUUUAUGAUACUAUCCCAGAACCUGUGUUUUGGCCUGUAUUCGUGGUGGCCACACUCGCCGCAGUUGUUGGUAGCCAAGCUGUAAUUUCAGCAACGUUCUCCAUUGUGAAACAGUGCCAAGCUUUGGGAUGUUUCCCACGAGUGAAGGUUGUCCACACAUCGAGGUGGAUCUAUGGGCAGAUAUAUAUUCCAGAAAUAAAUUGGAUCCUUAUGGUGCUCUGCGUAGCUGUCACGGUUGCAUUCCGUGACACUACUCUUAUCGGCAAUGCCUAUGGUAUUGCAUGCAUGACUGUUAUGCUUGUCACUACAUUCUUGAUGGCAUUGAUUGUCAUCUUUGUUUGGCAAAGGAACAUAAUAUUUGCCCUAAUUUUUCUGGCUUUCUUUGGAUCCAUUGAAGCUGUAUAUCUUUCAUCAUCUCUCAUGAAGGUUCCUCAGGGAGGAUGGGUGCCUCUUGUGCUUGCUUUCAUAUUCAUGUCUGUCAUGUACAUCUGGCACUAUGGUUUAAGGAGGAAAUACCAAUUUGACCUACAGAACAAAGUAUCAAUGAGAUCAAUCCUGUCUCUAGGUCCAAGCCUUGGCAUAGUUCGGGUUCCUGGUAUUGGAUUGAUUUAUACAGAGCUGGUGACCGGUGUACCCUCCAUCUUCUCACAUUUUGUCACUAAUCUCCCUGCCUUCCAUGAAGUCCUAGUCUUUCUUUGCGUGAAGUCAGUACCAGUGCCAUACGUUUCACCAGAUGAGCGAUACCUUGUGGGUAGGAUUGGACCUAAAGAAUAUCGGAUGUACCGUUGCAUUGUUAGAUAUGGUUACAAAGAUGUGCAGAGAGACGACGACAAUUUUGAGAACAUGUUAGUUAUGAGUAUAGCAAAGUUCAUUAUGAUGGAAGCUGAGGAUGCUUCUUCUUCAGCAAGUUAUGAUAUUGCUAAUGAAGGAAGGAUGGCAGUCAUAACAACGACUGAUGAUGCUGGCACUCCAUUGGCCAUGAGAGAUUUCAAUGGCCUAGCUGACUCCUUGACUACAAGGAGCAGCAAAUCAGAGAGCCUUCGGAGUCUGCAGUCCUCUUACGAGCAAGAAUACCCAAGUGUAAGCCGACGGCGCCGUGUUCGCUUUGAGGUCCCAGAGGAUGAUGACAUGGGUCAGCAAGUGAAAGAUGAGCUCAUGGCACUUGUGGAAGCGAAACAUGCUGGGGUCGCAUACAUCAUGGGGCAUUCUUAUAUCAAAGCUAGGAGGAGUUCAAGUUUCCUGAAGAAGUUUGCUAUUGAUGUUGGCUACUCUUUCCUCCGGAAGAACUGCAGAGGUCCAUCGGUCACACUGCACAUUCCGCACAUUAGCCUGAUUGAAGUGGGCAUGAUAUACUAUGUUUAGCCGUAUGCCCAUUGCCAAGUUCAUGUGGAUACCUGGUUGCUAUGAAGCAUGUGCUACCUGCGGCUUUGUUCUGGAGUUAAAAGGCUCGUGGAGAAGAGAUGCUGCAUCCUCGUGUGCUUCUAGUUUCAGCUUGUAGAGAUGGCUUUCCUUGUUAAUAUUAUUUUUAGCCUAAAUAAACCGUCAGAACGGUGCGGUUACGCUAAGUUUUCCGUUUGGUAUAUUUACAUGCAUGCUCUGUAAUUUUUCUGAGAGCUAUGUAAUGGAAAUAUGCAUUAUCUUAUUCUUA